AUGUACCUGCGCAAGUCAAGGAAAGGUGAAGAACUCAAUGUGGCUCAACGUUAACGGUAAUCAGUUGGCGAGUGGAUAACAUGAACUUCAUCAGUUCCCUGGCCAACUGCAGCAACCUACAGUAAUUGCUUUUGGCCCACAACAACUUUGGAGACAUGUUUCCAAACUCAGUAACCAACCUGUUCACCCUAUAGAAAAGAUUACACAUGGGACAGAAUAGGAUUCGAGGGAACAUACCGAAAAAAAUUGCAGACCUCGUGAGCCUAAAUAUACUUCACCUGCAAGAAAUUUGUAGAACGGGGUAGCAUUCCAGCAUCUAUAGGAAUCCUUUCAAACUUGGGAACUCUCAACUUGGAUUCAAACAGAUUUAGCUGUGAGAUCCCAUCUUCAAUAGGAAAUAUCACGAGACUGCUCUAUCUUUAUUUGUCUGGAAAUACUUUAAAUGGAACCGUUCCUCCAUCCCUAGCACAUGCUAAUAACUCUUUUAUGGGUUCCCUGCCAAUGGAGAUAGGAGAUAUAACAAACCUUGCAGGUUUUGACCUUUCUUACAACAAUUUCUCAGGCAUGAUUCCAAGCACCAUAGGCAAAUGUUUGGCCUUGGAAUUACUUUACAUGCAAGGCAAUUCAUUUGAAGGGUCCAUCCCGUAUUUCAAGAAACAAUUUAUCAGGAGAAAUUCCACCUUGGACUCUGAAUCUUUCCUCCCUACUGUACCUGAAUCUUUCAGACAACUAUUAAGAGGGUGAGGUUCCCGUCCAACGAGUAUUCUCAAAUUCAACCGCAUUACAAGUUGAGGGGAAUCCCAAGCUUUGUGGUGGAGUCCAAGAGUUUGAUUUACCACCUUGACCGAAGCAAGCAAACCAUAGAACAAAGAGGAAGCGUCUUACACCCAUUCUGACUGCAAUUAUCGGUGUUAUUUUAUUUGCUGCAAUAGCAUGUUUUCUGCUUUCUAUGUUUUUCAUUAAAAGAUCCCAAAAAACAAAGAGAUGCAACAUCCACAUCUGGGCAUCUCAUCUUCCCCAUGAUUUCAUAUAAGGAGCUUCAUGAUGCAACUAGUGGUUUUUCUUCAGAUAGGUUGUUAAAAUCAGGCAGUUUUGGCACUGCGACAAAGGAAUUCUUCACUCAUCAAAUGAAAAUCCAGUUGCAGUCAAGGUACUCAACCUCCAAAGACACAGUGCAUCUAAAAGCUUCAUGGCUGAAUGCCACACCUUGAGAGAUACCCGGCAUAGAAACCUGGUGAAAGUCAUAACUGUAUGAUCCAGCAUUGACUUCAAAGGAAAUGACUUUAAGGCCAGAAUGUAUCAGUUCAUGGAAAAUGGAAGCUUGGAGGAGUGGUUACAUCAAGAAUCAGAAGGACAAAUACAAUGCAAUAGCUUAAACAUUCUUCAGAGAUUAAAUAUUGCAAUAGACGUGGCUUCUGCAUUAUAUUAUCUUCAUCAUCAAUGUGAAAUCCCUGUGGUUCACUCUGAUCUCAAACCAAGUAAUAUUCUUCUCGACGACGACAUGAUAGCACAUGUAAGUGAUUUUGGAUUGGCCAGGCUCAUCCCUAGUUUUUCUGGGGAAGGCAACCUUAACCUAUUCAGCUCACUCGAAAUACAGGGAACUAUUGGAUACACCCCACCAGAGUAUGGCAUGGGUGCUGAGGUCGCCGUAACAGGAGAUUUGUAUAGUUAUGGGAUCCUGUUUCUGGAAUUUUCACUGGAAAAAGGCCCGCAGACAAACUAUUUCAAGACAAUGUGACUCUGCACCUUUUCGUCAGACUGGCAUUACCAGAUCAAAUAAUGGAUAUUGUUGACGGAUUCGCUCUCUGUGGAGAAAUGACAGGAGAGGAUGCUAACAAGAAUAUAAGUAGUGAACAGAUCAAGUGCUUGGUUUCUAUUUUCCAACUUGGGCUAGCAUGUUCAGCAGAAACACCACAAGAGAGAAUUAACAUGGAGCAAGUUUACAGGGAAUUGAUAAUAAUCAGGACAGGUUUCUGAAGUAACAGGAACACACUGCUAAGCAGUCCCUAGAAACCGCUCACAGAAAAGCUUGAUUGAGUUAAUAGUUACGAAUUGUCUUAUGUGUGGUCAAUCUCAGAUAUCAACUUAUACUGUACUUUACACAUAUGGCAGUAAUAUUUUUUUUCUCCCA